AUGACAACCAGAUUCAAGAAGAACCGCAAGAAGCGCGGCCACGUCAGCGCCGGGCACGGUCGUAUCGGCAAGCACCGCAAGCAUCCCGGAGGUCGCGGUAACGCCGGUGGAAUGCACCACCACCGCAUCCUCUUCGACAAGUACCAUCCCGGAUACUUCGGCAAGGUCGGUAUGAGGUACUUCCACCGCCUGCGCAACAAGUUCCACUGCCCGACCGUCAACAUCGAUCGCCUCUGGUCGCUGGUGCCGCAGGAGGUGAAGGACAAGGCGUCCAAGGACAACGCCCCGCUCAUCGACGUCACUCAGUUCAGCUACUUCAAGGUGCUGGGGAAGGGACUGCUGCCGGAGGGAAAGCCUGUCGUGUUGAAGGCCAAGCUCGUGUCGAAGAACGCCGAGAAGAAGAUCAAGGAAGCUGGAGGCGCGGUUGUGCUCACCGCUUAAUUAGGGUUUUUUCCCCCAAUUUGAUUUUGCCGCUUUUUUAUUUAUGUUUUAUGCAAUCGGUUAUACUUAUGAUAUUUUGCUUACAAUGAAAACUAUGAAUUUUGUGUUU